AUGGGUCCUGGCCUCCUGGGCGAUAAUAUUUCCCUCCCCAGGCUAACGGCACUCUCUCCUCUUUUGUUCCGGCUCUCAUUUGACCAUGCGCUGUUUGUGUCCCCCUUCCCAGUCCUGGGCCUCUUCCCCCAAUCCUCCACUGCCGAUUUGCACCGUCUGACACCAAUUGGGCAUCCAUGGCUCCAGGACGCCCAGAAAAUGACCACCCAGCUUGUUUCAGAUCAACGCGAUGCAGCAAGACCCGCUCCUGACCUGCAGGCUGCUUUUCCAUUUCGGAAUUCAGCCCGAGCCAGUAUCAUCCAUCACCUUGUCAUGGCACAUCGGCCACAUAAACAUAAUCGCGUCAUUCCCUACUGGGGUCUAGGAGAGAUUCUUCCGAUUCCGAGAAAACCGCUUUACUCGAUAAUACCAACCAUUUCCACGAUGUCUGACGAAGUUUUAUUUCAUAUGCGGGCUUCGGCUGAUAUACAGCACUUUUCCACCCUGUCCUCUGUUUCGUAUUGCAAAGUCUUGUAUCUUAUCCCCGGACUGGGGCUCAGACAUGGUUCGACGUCAGAACCUUAA